CUGGCCAAUUCCCAUUCGUCUAUUUCCGGCAUUCAAUUCACUCUCUCCCGAUGGGUUUGAGUUCUCUCGGGAGUAGGAAUUCGAAUCGUUAGCUUCAUUCAUUCAUUCAUUCCUUGCUUUGUUUUUGGCCAUGGUUUCAGAACUGGAAGCCUCCGUUUCAGGGGACUCAGGUCCUAGCUCAGUUGCAGGUCCCUCCCACUCUCACCAUGUCGGUCCUCACCGUUUUCCUCUUGCUGCUCAGCCGGAGAUCAUGCGAGCUGCAGAGAAGGACGAUCAGUACGCCUCUUUUGUUUAUGACGCCUGUCGCGACGCUUUCCGCCACCUCUUUGGCGCUCGACUUGCUGUGGCAUAUCAGAGUGAGACAAAGCUUCUCGGACAAAUGCUGUAUUAUGUGUUAACAACUGGGUCAGGACAACAAACACUUGGUGAAGAAUAUUGUGAUAUCAAUCAGGUUUCUGGACCUUAUGGACUUCCUCCAAAUCCAGCAAGACGUGCUCUUUUCAUUGUGUACCAGACAGCUGUUCCAUAUAUUGCUGAAAGAAUAAGCUCUAGAGUUGCUUCUCGUGGUAUCAUGCUUGCUGAUUCUCUGUCUGAUGAGUUCUAUGGAGAUAAUGCCUCUUCUCGGUCUUUAUUAAACAUGGAAAUUCAAUCUUCUUCAACCCCAGAGUAUUCGGGUUCUUACCUAACGAGAGUGAAGGCAAAAAUUAAUCGAUUAUGGCUGCAAACAGUGCGAUGCUGGCCUUCGAUUUUGCCUCUAGUUCGUGAAUUUUUGCAAUUGGCUCUUCGUACAAACCUCAUGUUUUUCUAUUUUGAAGGACUGUACUAUCAUAUAUCCAAACGAGCUGCAGGCAUUCGCUAUGUGUUCAUUGGAAAACCAUCUAAUCAAAGGCCCAGAUACCAAAUACUUGGAGUGUUUCUACUGAUUCAACUUUGUAUCAUUGCUGCCGAAGGCCUAAGACGUAGUAGUUUAUCAUCUGUUUCAAGUUCAAUUAACCCGACAUCCUUUGGAGAAAAUCCUAGUUCAUCAGGUCGUGGUCUGCCAAUUUUAAAUGAGGAAGGCAAUCUAAUAUCUGUUGAUGGCGACUCUGGAAAUUUGGUUUCUGAUCCUUCGCACAGUGAGUCUAAUAGAGGUAGUGGAAUAAGCAAAUGCACGCUGUGUCUGAGUAAUCGCCAACACCCAACUGCCACACCUUGUGGCCAUGUAUUCUGCUGGAACUGCAUAAUGGAAUGGUGCAAUGAAAAACCUGAAUGCCCGCUGUGCAGAACUCCCAUUAAUCAUUCAACCUUAGUUUGUCUAUAUCAUUCUGACUUCUGAUUCAUCCCCCCAACACCCUUUUUUUUUUUUUUU